UCGGUAUCGACUUUUUUUGGUCCUCCAAUAAUCUGUAUCGGCGUUGAAAAAUCAUAAUGGGUUGACUUCUAAUGUUGUCCAAGGGACAGCAUAAGAACGUAGGGGCUAGGUGUUGUAUAGCUAGCUAAUUACUCACUGGCUGGCUUUGGGCUUAAACAACUUCACAUUUCUUGCAGCAAGGAAAUUUGAUCAAUGUCUGAUUGAUUAACGUUUAUCAGAUUAAUUGAGCUAACAGCUCUGUUUAGCUCGGAAGUCAACUGUCUCCUAUUGUAAAAACAAACACACCCUUACACAUUCCAUUUUGGAAAAUCUAUCAGUCACAUCACUCUAACUAACGUUAGCUAGUUACAAAACAACUCCUUCCCGGGCGCCCGGUGUGGCAGCUCCCUGCACCUCUCCGAAACCAGUGUAUGUGUGUCUUUCACAGGGGUUGGGUUAAAAGCGGAAGUCACAUUUCGUUUGUACCUUAUGUGCAAUUGACCAAUAAAAUGAUCUUGAUCUUAAUUAGCUAAAAAAUAUCAAGCUCCCAGACAUACAGUGCCUUUAGAAAGUAUUCACACGCCUUGACUUUUUCCACAUUUUUGUUGUUACUGCCUGAUUUUUUUAAAAUUGAUAAAAUUUUGAUUUUGUGUCACUGGCCUACACACAAUACCCCAUAAUGUCAAAGUGGAAUUGUUUUUCAAAAUGUUUACACUUUAAUUACAAAUCAAAAGCUGAAAUGUCUUGAAUCAAUAAGUAUUGAGUAUGAAUACUUUCUGAAGGCUCUGUAAGCUACUCAGAGGAGACAGUUGCAGUGGUUUGCCUAUCCCAUGGCAAGUCUGUGCACCUGUUUGGUCCUAGUUUUCAUGACAGCUCACUGGAUUAGCCAGAAUGAUAUGCAGUGCAAUAGCUUAUUGAAUCUGGAGCGCAUACUGUAUUGAGUCUUUUGAUUAACCACACUUAAAUGAGCGAGUCACAUGUAUUUGAGUUGAGUCUGAAAGUACAGUGUUGAACUGCGGUGAGUUUGUCAAAAGCAUAAAGAUCACAUUUACCAGUCAGAUCAUCUAAAGUCAAUGGACAAACCCUGGUCUUAAUGGUAAAUGUUUAUCUUUAUACCCCUGGUGAUUUUGAGAACCUGCCCUGACAUUUCUCCACUCUUUCCAUUGCAGCAUGUGAUAUUCCUAAACAUCACUGGAUACCGUUGACUGAAGAGGAAAGGACAUCCCAGGUCUUUUAUUUUGGAAGAGCGGUUUUGAAAACUUCCUUGGAAUAUUUAGCCUUUUCUUAUGCAGAGAAAUCCUAAUAGGCCUGCUGAUGACUGGAAUUUAAGACAUGUGUCCCAGUAGCUAGCCAAACAAUUUGCUUCAGGAAAGAGUCAACUGGCUAUUGCACUGUAUAUCAUUUUGCCUAACUUUUGUCAAAAGGAGGGAAUUUCUUUGCCUUAUGGUAGAUGAGGAAAGGUGGCAGCUCCUGAGUAAUUUUUUGUUUGUCGAUCCUAACAUUAUUGUGAAAGUGGCAUUAAUGUUUCAGCCAUGUUGACUUUCAUCAGAAUGAAGAAUAGCUUUUGGUAGAUGAACAGUGGAAAAAAAUAGAUCAGAAGAUCAACGAUCAGCAGGCUGGCACAGCACAUUAAAGGGGAAUGGAAACACUUUAGGACAUAUAGCAAUGCAACAAGUUGUAUUCAAUCCACUAACACUGAACAGGUGUAAAGCCUAGUGUUUCCCCUCCCCUUUAAAGCUGGAAUCAUUAAUGGUGAACCUGCUAUGUCCUUUUGGGAUAUUACAACAACAAAGAAGUUACUCCAAACAACAAACUCUGUUGUUUACCCUCUGACAUCAUUGCACAUGCGAUAGAACAGCAGAAUAUGUACUGUGUUGCUCGAAGCAUCUCUCCUCCAUUAGGUAAACAAAACAAUAAGAGGUGCUGGGGCGGACAGGGGCGCUUUUCCCCCUAUUGCUGAUUCAAUCUUUAAGACGUUCUCAUCUUGCUGGGCCUUGCUGUAGAUGCUGUGUGAAAGUAGACUGUUACAGUGAAUGGACACAAAAGUACAGAUGUGGUAGAUACAUUUGCAUGCAGCAUCUUAUCUAUGUAGGCACAGGCAGUAUAGACUGUAGACAUACGCACACUGGUGUGACCUUGGAAGGCUGAAUGGUCGAGGCGGCGGGGCAGAGUGAUAAGCGAGUGUUGGCCAACCCUCUUAAGUCAGAGAAUGUAGCGCACUAGAGAAGGAAGAGAGACUGGGUGUGUAAUAGUGUAAUAGUGUCAUGGUGUGUAAUAGUGUCAUGGUGUGUAAUAGUGUCAUGGUGUGUAAUAGUGUCUUGGUGUGUCAUGGUGUGUAAUAGUGUCAUGGUGUGUAAUAGUGUCAUGGUGUGUCAUGGUGUGUAAUAGUGUCAUGGUGUGUAAUAGUGUCAUGGUGUGUCAUGGUGUGUCAUGGUGUGUAAUAGUGUCAUGGUGUGUAAUAGUGUCAUGGUGUGUAAUAGUGUCAUGAUGUGUAAUAGUGUCAUGGUGUGUGUGUAUGUCACUGUGUGAAUGUUUGCUACUAUGCUCAUCUAUGUACUCAGCUGUGGAUGUGCAUGUUAGACUGCAUCUGUGGUGGUAGGUAGUCUGAUAUUAUAGCAUGGCUCUGUGUUCCAUUAGCCUUUCUGCUUGUGGCACAGGUGUUUUAUCUAUAGUGUUUUUGGAUAGGUUGGAUGUGCCUGCUUGUUGACAGUGACAUACAAUAUCUGUGCUGAGUCACUCCUAUGUUUGUCUGCUUAAUAAUGUAUGAACAACACUGUUAGACUCACUUAUCACUCUGUGUAUUACCUUCAGGACACAAUGGAACAUACACGUCACUGUGUGUGUAAGUGUGUCUGUGUGUGUGCCACAUGGAUGUCACUGUGUGUGGAACGUGCAUGUUGCUGUGUGUGUAUCUGCUCAACUGUUGGCCACAGCGUCCCCUCGUUGAAAUCGGGCCUGCACAUGGCCUAUAGAUGGCCAUACCUUUCAGUCUGGAUUGCAAUAAAUUGAACAUGGGGUGAAAUGAGGAGGGGAAUGGGCAAACACAUUAGGGUACUUUCAGUGAUAGACGAGGAGGAUGCUGAUAUGACCGUUGUUGACACUUUUUUUUUUAGGUCAGUCGUUAGUUAGAGCAAGGGUUUGAAUAGUUUCUCUCUCUGGGUGAGAUUAGCCAUUGUGGUACACCCGUGUUGGGUUAAUGUUACAGGGUUAGUGUUAUAGUUAUGAGGAAGGGACUUUCUCAAAUUAAGCAAUCUCUCCUAUCCAUUUGGGAUACUUUCCCUCCAUGCUAGUAGUGUUUUCUCUAUACUGUUUUGGGUGUUGCAGGAUGCAGAGAAAAACUUCCUGCAUAGCACAGCCUCCUAAUGUGAGGGAAAUACAGGUGAUGUAUCAUCAUUUCAGAGUGGGUAGGGUGUUGUCAGUGGUGCCAGUAAACUGGUGGUGACUGAAUUGUUCACCUUUCCUCUUCCUUAGUUUUGUGCUGAUUAGGCAAAUGCUGCCGCAUAGGCCUAUAAUUGGUGGGGUUGAGGGUCACUGACGGGCACUGUGUGCGCGUACCAAACGGCAGCCUAAUUUCCUAUAUAGUACACUACUUUUGACCAGAGCCCAAAUGCUGGAAAAGGUAGUGCACUAUAGGGAAUAGGGUGCCAUUUGGGAUGCUACCAGUGACUCUAAGCAACAGGCUCUUAGCUCACUACAUGAAAGACACUCCAUUAGGUUAUUGACAUCGUCUGCUAGUCAGUGGCUCUCAAGCUUUGUGUCCCUCAUUUACGUACGUUAUUUACUGUACCACUCAUGAUGCAUCAAUGUAUCAGAGACCUCUACUGCUCUGCCCCCUGAGCAAUCUGGAUUAGUCAUCACUGUUAGGUGUUCCACACAUUUUCAUGUCAUAGUUUCACAUUUUGAGUGUGCACUGGGCAGUGAAGAUAAGGACUGCUCUUCCUUCUAGAAUACAUUUUAGAAGUCACUGAAGAGCCUCAGUGUGUGUUUGUGCACAUACAUGUCUCUUUGAUUCUGUGCAGUUUAUACAUGGCUGAUUGAGCGUGAGUCAGUGUGCCGCCAUGCCAGCAUAAUUUAUUUGUAUCUCUUCAUUUGUUCCAAUUUGAUAGUGAUUUUCCUCAUGUUGACCACCUCCUCCGCAGCAGCCAACCCUGAGCUGUGAGUCAGAAGAGAAGCUGGACGGAUGACGAGCAUGACUUUGAGCCAAUCCGCAGAUGCAUGCAUGCGCACAGGGCCCAGUGCCAUCCCCUCUGCUUCCCGGCUUUGAAGCUGCCUCUGAGAGGGGGUGUGGCGUCGGUACGUAGCUAGACCCUCGCACCCCCAGUGUUGGCUUUUGACCCUGUGGCUGAGCGUCAGCCUGGCGCCCCCUGAUGGAUCAGGCUAGCAGUGAGCAGAGUCCUGAGGAGCCGGAGGUGGGCCGGAGGGCGUCUGAGUCCGAGCACGGCCUGUCCAAAAUCACCCACAAUGCACUGGAAAACAUGGGCGCGCUGGGCCACGGCCUGAAGCAGCUCUUCCAGCCGCAGCGCCGCCGCUCGUCCGUCUCCCCGCACGACGCCGCCACCUCCUUCUCUAUGGGUGGGCCUGCCCCUGAGCCCCCGGACGGUGGGGGGCCAGAGGUUGGGGACUCGCCCGUCCCCGGUCCGGACUCUGACCCCCACGCUACUUCCUCCGCUCCCCCUGCAGCUCUGAGCCGCGUUCUGCAGCAGAUCAGAAGCGCGCCCCCAAUGAUGAAGCGAGGGACCAGCCUGCAGAGCCGCCGCAGCAAGACUGGGGGGACUGGGGACCCCCCCCAGAAAGGCAGCCCCCAGAUCCACCGGAGGAGUACCCAGGAGGUGAUGCUGCUGCAGGCUGGCCGCCCGCGCUCCUCCUCCACCACGGACACGCUCACCAGCCCCGCCCUGGCCGACAUGCUGCUCACAUCCGGGUACCACUCCACUGAGGAGCCUGACCGGCUGGAUCGUCUGGACGGCUCCGGCCCAGCCAUAUCGCCCAACGCUAUUUCCUAUGGAGCAGACAGCUACGGGCUGGACUCAGUGGACAGCACCCCCGACCCCCAGCGCACAAAACAGGCCAUCGCCCAGCUGCAGCAGAAGAUACUCAAGCUCACCGAGCAGAUCAAAAUCGAGCAGAGGGCCAGAGACGACAAUGUGGCAGAGUACCUGAAGCUAGCUAACAACGCAGACAAACAGCAGAGUGCCCGCAUUAAACAGGUGUUUGAGAAGAAGAACCAGAAAUCAGCCCAGACCAUCCAGCAGCUGCAGAGGAAGUUGGAGCGCUAUCAGCGCAAGCUGAAAGAGGUGGAGCACAACGGGAUCCCCCGUCAGCCCAAAGACGUGCUCCGAGACAUGCACCAAGGCCUCAAGGACGUGGGCGCCAAGGUGACCGGUGGCCUCUCCAGCUUCUCCCACGCCACUCACUCUGCAGCUGGGGCCGUGGUGUCCAAGCCCCGAGAGAUCGCCUCCCUCAUCCGCAACAAGUUUGGCAGCGCCGACAACAUUUCGUCCCUGAAGGACUCCCUCGACGAACCCCAGGAGGAUGGUCACGGUCUGGGGGGGGCUUCCAGCCCAAAGUACGGCAGUGAGGACGACUGCUCUAGUGCCAGCUCCGGCUCGGCAGGGGUCAACAGUGUCCCCGGGGGCCCGCCCAGCUCUAAGGGUCUUAACACCCUGGACCCCGGCCAGUCAUUGGGCUUGGACACGCUGCUCCACGAAGUGCAGGAGCUUCGUGACAACCAGGGUCGGCUGGAUGAGUCGUUCAACAGCCUGAAGAGUCACUACCAGAGAGACUACACCAUGAUCAUACAGGCCCUGCAGGAGGAGAGAUACAGAUGUGAGCGUCUGGAGGAGCAGCUCAACGACUUAACAGAGCUCCACCAAAAUGAGAUCCUCAACCUGAAGCAGGAGCUGGCCAGCAUGGAGGAGAAGAUCGCCUAUCAGUCCUACGAGAGAGCUAGAGACAUUCAGGAGGCGUUGGAGGCAUGCCAGACGCGGAUCUCCAAGAUGGAGCUGCAGCAGCAGCAGCAGCAGGUGGUCCAGCUAGAAGGCCUGGAGAACGCCACAGCCCGGACCCUGCUGGGCAAGCUCAUCAACGUGCUGCUAGCCGUCAUGGCCGUGCUCCUAGUGUUUGUCUCCACUGUGGCCAACUGCGUGGUGCCCUUGAUGAAGACGCGUAGCCGCACCUUCUCAACGCUGCUCCUUGUUGUCCUCCUCGCCUUCCUCUGGAGGAACUGGGAGGUCAUCUCCCAGUACUUGGACCGCUUCCUGUUGUCCCCGAGUUGACCUGCAGGGGGGCCUCAAUGAACGACAACAGAGGUGCGGGGCUCUCAUAACAAUCAGGGAUGGCGACGCAGGGCCUGGCGGGACGAGAGGGGACUAACUAACCCAUGCACUGCCUCUGAUGCAACUGUAGUGGCGCCGCGCCAGCCCAGUGGGUGGGGCUUAGUGGACAGGAGGAGGAGCCAGGAUACCUUUCUCUCUCCAAGGAGUGAAUUUGUUUACAGGUGGAAGAUGUUUAUUGCAUUAGAAUUGAUUCAAGUGGUAUUGAAUUUGUUUCUUGAUAUUGCUAUCAUUAAUGCAGGUGAUUGAGGGCUCUCUCGUGGCUGGAUUUGGAUAAUGAACAGCUGGCAUUUUGCUGAUCCACAUGGCUAGUGUUCUCCCCUUUCGCUAUUCCUUUUCUCUUUCUAACCCUAAAAUCUCCCUUUUUCUUACUCCGAUGUUUCUAUUCCUCUGUCUCUCUUCUCAAUCACCCCAGUCUGCUUGUCUUUCUGGGAGGAUUAAUAGACUAACUACAGUACACUGCUGUGGACAAAAUCUAACUGGAUCAAGCAAUUGAUGGGUUCUCGAGCAGUGUGUUUUAUAUGGACAAGCUGAACGCAAUGAUGGGCCUGAUUGGAUAAGGACGCUGAGUCGGAAUAUGCUCAGCUUGAGAAGCCCUGCCCUAUUGGUCCUGCCCCCUGCAGAGACAAUGAACAUACUUGAAGAGCUGUAAAAAUGCUCAGACUGUGCUUCCGUACUGUUUCUAUUAGUGACAAUAAAAUAGUACUUUUUUUUUGAAUAAACAUGCUGUUUUAAAUGAAA